UCUGUUCAAAUAAUUUAUAUUAAAUGGCUUCGCUAAAUAAAUUAAGUAGCAAUGAUAUUGGUAAUGUUGAUAGAUAAAUUGCUAAAUUAAAGCAAGGAUAAAUAUUGACAGAAUCAGAAAUCAAGAGUUUAUGCAUUAAAGCGAAAGAGAUUUUGUCAGAUGAACCUAAUAUCAUCUAAGUUAGAGCACCUCUUACGAUUUGUGGAGAUAUUCAUGGCCAAUUCCAUGAUUUAAUAGAACUCUUUUAAAUUGGAGGAAACUUGCCAGACACAAAUUACUUAUUUCUGGGAGAUUAUGUAGAUAGAGGUUCGCAAUCUGUAGAAACAUUCUCAUUAAUGCUCUCACUAAAAGUUAGAUAUAAAGAUCGCAUUGUUUUAUUAAGAGGAAAUCAUGAAAAUAGAGAAAUCAAUAAGAUAUACGGAUUUUAUGAUGAGUGUUUCCGUAAAUAUGGCAAUGAAAUAGUUUGGAAGUAAUUCACAGAAGUAUUUGGCUAUUUACCAAUUUCUGCAAUCGUAGAAUAACAAAUUUUUUGUGCCCAUGGAGGUCUAUCACCGGCAAUGGAAUCAGUCGAUCAAAUUAAACAAUUGAAUAGAGUUUAAGACAUCCCACACGAGGGUUUAAUGUGCGACCUUCUAUGGAGUGAUCCUGAAGAAACAAAAAAUGGUUGGGGUAUCUCGCCAAGAGGUGCAGGGUGGACAUGGGGAUGUGAUAUCACAGAAAAAUUCCUCCAUUCUAAUAAGCUUAAACAAAUUGCUAGAGCACAUUAACUAGUAAUGGAAGGAAUUUAAAAAGUCCAUAAUCAAAAGACUAUUACUAUCUUCUCUGCUCCAAAUUAUUGUUAUCGUUGUGGCAAUUAAGCUUGCAUUGUUGAAGUCGAUGAAUAACUCAGAAUGAAUCAAACCUAAUUUGAGCCUCGCCCCGCGAGAAAAUGAACCACAUACAACUAGAAGAGUACCUGAUUAUUUUCUUUGAAAUAUAUAAAUAUGUCAUUUAAUAUC